AUGGGGCCUGAGGGACAAGGGGAUGUCACCUACCUGUGCUCUGUCCUGCCCAGCACCACUGAGGAUGCCUUCUUUGACUACCUGGCCACCCUGGAUGCCUCUCAGGUCCUGUUCCUGCAAGUGAAGGGGCCUUUGCUGGUGGUGCAGCUGCUGGAGACCACCUUGUUGUGCCUGGUCAACUACGCCAGCCUGGUGGCCACGAAUGCCACUCGGUUCCCACUCCUGGCUUGUCCGGACAUGAAACUGAUGGAGAUCGGGCUGCACCACGCACAGGGCCCAGACGGUGCCCUCUCAGCUUCUUAGUACUCCUACACUGGGGGGAAGCACUACUGCAUCCGGGUGCGUGGCACCAUCGCCCCUUCCUUCAUCAUGUCCUUCAGCUCCCAGGAGGAGGUGCAGCCCUGUAAUAAAGAUGGAAUGAAAAGCAAGUGCUUGACCAACAAAGAUGGGGACAGCAAGUGCCAAAAGUGA